AGGAUUCAUGAUAGUGGUCUUUCUGGAGUUAUGGCAAAAAAUACGCUUAGUUCCGCAUUCCGAAAACUUGACGUCGAUCAGUAUGAUGCCGAAAAGUACAUCGAAGAAGAUGCUGCCGAACCGCAGUCCCCUCCAGUUGGACCAGACGAACGAGAGAUUAAUUCUCUCGUCGCUCAGAAUAAAUGCGUCGACGCUCUACUGAAUAUCCUGCAAAACUCUCCGUGCGGUGCCAAAAACCAGAUGGUGCGUGAUUCUGCUUUAAACCUCAUGUUGAAGGUGAUGACGUCCAUCAAAUCAAGCAGCGUCGAAGAAGCCGUGAAUUCCGUGCCAAAGCACCAGGGGUUUCUUGUAACUACGAGACGUGACGCGCUUUCCUUUUUGCCACCGAGUAUUUCGAACAAUUUCAAGUGGAUAAUUGCUCCUGUCAUGGAUGAUACGCAACCACGCGUAGUAACAAUACAUAAAAAUGAGAAUGGCUUCGGUUUUAAUGUUCGUGGGCAAGUGAGCGAAGGCGGACAGUUGAAAAGCAUCAAUGGUGAGCUGUAUGGACCCAUGCAACAUGUGUCUGCUGUCCUGGAAGGUGGAGCUGCGGAAAAAGCUGGUGUACGGAAGGGGGACAGGAUUUUGGAAGUGAAUGGCACUGUCGUUGAAGGAUUCACUCAUCGGCAAGUCGUUGAUUUAAUCAGGGCUGGUGGAGAUGAUUUGACACUAACUGUGAUCUCUGUCAGCGAAGAAGAAGCGGACCGGCUUGAGCCUUUAGAAGACUCAAAUGGGGACCUCACAAUUUACGACUAUUCAGACAAGCGGUCUUUACCCAUUACCAUUCCAGACUAUUGUUCUGUUGUUGGAUUGGGCAACGAAAAGUUUGUCGUCUAUAAUAUUUACAUGGCUGGUCGUCAUUUGUGCUCGCGAAGAUAUUCAGAGUUCUGUAGCCUUCACCAGGCGCUCAAGCGAGAGUUCUACGAUUUUUCCUUCCCGAAACUCCCUGGGAAGUGGCUAUUCACGCUUAAUGAGCAGCAGCUUGAUGCCAGGCGUCGAGGGCUCGAACAUUAUUUGGAGAAGAUUUGUGCCGUUCGUGUCAUUGCUGACUCUGACAUAGUACAAGAAUUUUUCACUGAUAACAAAUUGGAAGGCCCGAGUGUCGGUCCCGUGAUCAACGUGGACAUAAAAGUGUUGUUGCCAGAUCAAAAAGUCGUUUGCCUCUCAGUGAAGAAAACUUCUACCGCUGACGAAGUGUACCAAAGCGUUCUCACGAAGAUAAAUAUGGAUCCAGAAACGGCCCGGUUUUUUGCACUUUUCGAGCUGAUCGAAUAUUGUUUCGAGCGUAAGUUGCAGGCGAAUGAAUUCCCUCAUGCAAUAUAUAUUCAAAACUACACGACUGCCACUGCUACGUGCCUUGCGUUGCGGAAGUGGGCCUUUUUGCCUGAAGUGGAGUCGAGGUUGCUCGGAGAUACCCAAGCAGUUUCGUACAUUUAUUGGCAAGCUGUGGACGACGUGAAUCGAGGUCACGUGAAAGCCGGCAACAAAUUAUACGAGCUCAAAGCCGUUCAAGAUCCCGGAAAAGCCCUUGAUUAUUUGAAGCUCGUGAUGGAACUUCCGGGAUAUGGUGAUGUACGGUUUCCUCACUGCGCAUGCGACGCGAGAAAAACAGGACAUGUUAUUCCUAUCGUGAAUGGGAAAAUUUUUCGGUUAGAAGCCUGUACAAUCGACGGCGAGGUUGAGCCCCAGAUGAUCGAAUUUGCGUGGAACACUAUCUUGCAAUGGGAAAUCGAUGAGAAAAACUUCUCCUUCAACUUCCUGUACGAUCGAACUCCAAAGCCACCGCGAUGGGUGAAAAUCUUCGGUGCUUUUAAUAUUUAUCUUUGGGAGUGUUUUCAACGGGUUCAAGAAGAACUGGAUUGGCUGCGAAACGAUUCUAACAUUGAAAGACACUCUACGCCAUGA